AUGUCCAGAGAGCUCACAAAAUAAUCUACACUUUUGGUGACGUUUUAAACAAGGCACUAAACGCGCGGCCCAGGAGUUUGCAGGAUGGCAGAUACUUCAGGUCAAACUUGUUUAUAUCGGUUGGGAGACAAUGUCAAGAAACAUAGACUUAUUACGCUAUCAGAUAAGGACGAGGUAACAAUUGGCCGAUCUCCUGACGUUACAGUAUGUCUUCUAUCCAACAUGAUCUCACGCUGCCAUGCAACCCUGAAGAAAUCUCAAUCUGGGACUUGGUCAGUCAAAGACAAUAAGAGUCUCAACGGAGUGUAUGUUAAUGAUGUACGACUGGUGGCUAACAAACCACAUACACUUGAGGAGGGUGACAUUGUACAGCUUGGUAUUGCAAAGACAUCACAGGAUAAGGCAGAGUUCAUAUUCAAAUUCCACAAAAAUCUUAAAGUGAAACGUGUCCGUCAAAACUCCUCGCAAGAUAAUUCUCAAAAUGAAGAAAAUUGUGUUGGAAAAUAUCCAAUGAAGAGAAUAAAACUAGACUGUGACAGUAAGAGAGUGACACCAGUUAUUAAAAGGGAAGUUACCGAAAGGCCAGAAAGUGAUUCCCGAGUAUCAAGUUCUCAACCUGAACUUGGAUGUUCUGAUGAAGAAGGAGAUGGCAAAGGCACGCCUGGAAGGAGUAGCAGAGUGAACACAGACAAAAAUUGGUCACCAUUCAUGGACUACAAAGAAAAACUCAAACAACAGGAAAGUGAAGCUGACUUGAAACUGAAGGAGUAUGAAGCGAAGAUGGCAGAAAUGCAAAAAAUGUUACAAGAAAAAGAAGCAGCACAAAAUGAAAUAAGAAGUGAACUUGAAGAAGAAAAGAAAAGACGAGAAAACCAGGAAAGAGAAUUAAAUGUUAUGUUGAAAGAGAAAGAAAAAGAAAUGGAAAUUGCACUUACAAAGAAGAGGGAGGAGGAAGAAAAAAUGAAAGAAGAACUUGAAAAUCAGUUACUCAAUAGGGAAGCACAGAUGUUAGAACAACUUCAGUCCGAAAAAGACCGUCUGCUAACAGAAAAACAAAAAAUUGAAGACAAUCUUAAAAUGACCAUAGAAGAGAAAGAUCGUCAGUUACAAGAAGAACUUGUGAGACAAAAAGAAAAACUUGAUGGUGUUAUUAAUAAGAAGGAAGCAGAACAGCGGAUGCUGGAAAGUCAACUGAAUGACACUAGGGCGGAGAAGGACCAGCAGAAGGAAGCCAUGUUACAGGCAAGGGAAGACAUCCUGUCAAACUUUGCUGAUCUCAUGGAGACAGAGUUACAAUGUAGCAUAUGUAAUGAACUCUUUGUACAGGCCACAUCUUUAAACUGUUCCCAUGCAUUUUGUGCCAGCUGUAUAGAAGAAUGGAUGAAGGUGAAGAAGGAAUGUCCGAUCUGUCGGACAGCCAUUGCAUCCAAAGUACGUUCAAUUGUGCUAGACAGUUAUAUAGACAGAAUGGUGGAACAUCUCAGUGACGACCUCAAACAGCAGCGUGUAGAAUUAGUGGCCUCUCGCAAAGCUGAGGCUGCCAUAAAGGCAGAACAGGAUAAACCAGGGACAUCAGGAAAUGGGCGGGGAAGAGGGCGUGGCCGAGGAAGGGGGCGAGGUCGAGGUAGAAAUAGGGCAGCAGCAGACCCUCCACUUCCAGAAGCUCCACCUAUUGGUAUACCAAGUGAUGAUGAUAUUGAUGGAGGGGUAGUCUCCAGUGAUGAUAGUGAUCAUUUUGAAAGUGCCAGCGACAACUCUAUGAAUUCUUCUGAUGAUUCUGAUGACAGUUCUGACUAUGUCCAUGGAGAACGAGGGGCCUACUUUGGUGGUUAUGGAAGAUGUUUUAGAUGUGGAUCAAGAGGACAUUGGGCAAAUGGCUGUCCGUAUUCCUAACACCUGUAUGGCAGAUUGGCGUCUGCUGUGAAAUCUCCCAUGAUUGGUGCUUGUCAAUUCUAAUGGCAGCCAGAACACCACUGGUAGCACAUGUAGAACAGAUGGGUAUCUACUCUUCAAGGUGGAUGCUUGUCUGUUUCUAUGGCAGCCUGAACAAUGUGUCUACAUUGUUGAAGAUUAGAUGUUGCAUGUUAGACAGAUGAGUGUCUAAUCUCUCCAACUUAUCCUCUCUCCAUCUGAUCCAUGUCCGUUCUGUGGAAACUGGUUGUACAGCCUACUGAUUCAUUUUGGUUAUUAACAGAGUGUCUGUUACAAUUUAAACAUCAAACUGUUUAUAGCGGUAAAGUCUCUGAGAACAAGUCAUCUUCACAGACAGACAUUGAGUGUUUAGAGAAUGUGUUCCUGACUUCAUUAAAGUCACGUUGGCAAUAUUUAAUGUCAUGUAAGAGAAGUGACGGCUUUAUUUAUUUGAUUUUUUAGCCAACCAUCAUCAGAUGGUGGGCUAUUCAAAUCGCCCUUCGUCCGUGGUCCGUCAUCCGUCCGUCCGUCCCUCUGUC